GAGGGCGAGCCCCGAUGCGCGCGAGCCGGCGGGGGCGGUCGAGCGCCGAGAGCGUCGAUCGGAGCGGCGGUGGGCGUCGCCAUGUCGCUGCUGCCCGGGGGCUGCCGCGUUGCCGCCGCUACCGCUGUCCGACGGCUGCUGCUGCUGCUAUCGGGGCCUCGCGCACGGGUGUCAGAGAGCCAUGUGUGUAACCAGUACCGAACAUCAAGUUCCUUGCCUGAGGAGACAAAAAAAAUUCUCCAAAAUGGACCAGACCUAGAGGACUUUGUAUCAGGAGAUUUGGCAGACAAGAGUGUGUGGGCUGAGUAUAAAGGCAAUUUAAAGCGUCAGAAAGGAGAAAGGCUACGACUUCCUCCAUGGCUGAAAACAGAGAUUCCCAUGGGCAAAAAUUACAAUAAACUGAAAAAUACCUUGAGAAGUUUAAAUCUGCACACGGUAUGUGAGGAAGCACGUUGUCCCAACAUUGGGGAAUGUUGGGGAGGUGGUGAAUAUGCUACAGCUACAGCUACUAUUAUGCUGAUGGGUGACACGUGCACUAGAGGUUGCAGAUUCUGUUCAGUAAAGACAGCAAAAAAUCCACCUCCACUGGAUCCCGAGGAGCCUUACAACACAGCAAAAGCUAUUGCUGAGUGGGGCUUGGAUUACGUUGUAUUGACAUCGGUCGACAGAGAUGAUAUGCCUGAUGGUGGAGCAGAACACUUUGCAAAGACGGUCUCCCAUCUGAAAGAAAGGAACUCAAAAAUAGUAGUGGAAUGCCUUACCCCUGAUUUCCGAGGGGACCUUAAGGCUGUGGAGAAGGUCGCACUGUCAGGGCUGGAUGUGUACGCACACAACGUGGAGACUGUUCCAGAAUUACAGAGGAAAGUCCGCGAUCCCCGAGCCAACUUCGAGCAGUCCGUCCGUGUGCUGCAGCACGCCAAGGAGGUGCAGCCCCGCGUCAUUUCCAAAACAUCCCUCAUGCUGGGGCUGGGCGAGACACAUGAACAGGUGCUUGCAACGAUGAAGUUGUUGCGUGAAGCAGGUGUGGAUUGUUUGACUCUAGGACAAUACAUGCAACCAACAAAACGUCACCUAAAGGUUGAGGAAUAUGUAACACCUGAAAAAUUCAAAUACUGGGAAAAAGUAGGAAACGAUCUUGGAUUCCAUUACACAGCUAGUGGGCCUCUAGUGCGUUCCUCCUAUAAAGCAGGUGAAUUCUUCUUGAAGAACUUAGUAGAAAAAAGAAAGACGAAAGUCAUCUGAAAGUGAGUGAGCCUAUUUAAAGCAGCCAGUUCUAAGGAUCCUUUUUCAGCACAUAAUUAUACCCAGUUCCAGAAAUACAGAAGACCAGAUGGCGGAGGCACGAAUAAACUUACUAUCUUUCCAGAACAUUUUACUCUUACCAAAACACUUACUGUUAUUGUACCUAACUCCUGGCAAUGCUACAACUAUGUAGUCCUUCCAGCAUUAAGUGGUAAGUCAGAAGACAGAAUUGAUUUUGAAAGAGCAAAGCAACUGAGGUAAGCUGAAAAAUAAUCAGAGGUUUAAGUAAACAGAUUUGAUGCUGCCAUCAGUGUUGCUGCAAUUAAAUACUGCUUAAGAUGCCAAUAAUAGGUAUUUUGAAAGGCAGCGAGAUCUUGCUGUGUCUUACCAUUACCGUGUAACACAAGCUUGCAGGGACUGUGGGAAGUAAAGCAUACUUUACAAAGGACUUACAAAAAGCAUACAUGACAAAGGACCACAUUAGGAUUAUUUUGAACCACACCAGAGAAGUACUGUUAAUACUUGUUCAAGACACUAUGUCUUUUGCCUGCAUCGUAAGAAAAUUAACUGUGCCAUUCUGAGAGCUAAUGCUUCACAAGUGUCUCAAAGGAUGAGUCUCAAUAAGGUGAUGAGACAAAGAAAACAAGAUAGUUAACUUUGUAUAGAUAUCAAUUUAAAACAUUAGGAAAUUCAUGGUUGCCAUAGCAGCAGAGAGGGAGCCACCUUUAGCUUGGGUACAUAUGUGACUGUAACAAACCCCUCUGCUUUGUACAGAUGCUGCUUCAGCAUUGAGUGUCCAGAUUUGUGCAUAUUCUGUACUGUAACUCUGCUCUGUUGUUGCCUGGGGAUUAAAGUUCUGUACCCCACCUAAGGGUGUGGAGGUUGCAUUCAGUCUGGGUACCUGCUCCAGGAGAUUUCAUCUGAGUGUUUACUCUUCUGCAUUCAGAUUUAACUGCACUGUGGCUGAAAUGUAAAGUCUGUUACGGACUGUACUAAGCUCAGGUAGAAAUAAAAGUGUGGCAUAUGGGACAGUAGCAGCUGUACAUUUCUGUCUUUUCAGUCAUGGUAGCCUCUCCCUAAUCAUUCUCAGCUGUGUGUUCUGAACAGUAGAUAAGAGUUUUUAAAACUGGCUGAAGCUUCUAUUUUUAUGAAGUUGUUGGGAAAUAUUCCAGGAAUUUGUUGUCUAGUUAUAAACUCUCCUCAUGCCAGUAAUACUGGAGCUGUCUGUAGUACUUAUGUACACUUUUGUAGUCUAUAGAAAGGAGAGAGGACCCUCCCACUACUCCAUCUUCUGCAAGAUUUUAGGAUGACAGCUAAUCAGCAAGUUGAAUCUUGGUAUUGUCACAGACAGCAAAAGUCAAACUGCCACCGAGGCCAGUGUUGCAUAAUUGAUACUUCACAAAAUAAAGCACUAAGUAUAGCAAUACUAAGGCAUUAUGAAGACAAAUUGGCUUUAAACUAAAAAGGAAUAUAUUUAAUUAAAUAGUAUAAUGGUAGUGUAAAUUAGGAAGAGACUGUAUGUUCUUUAUGGCUCAGGCUUAAUGCCUACACCUUGAAAAGGUGAAAAUUUUGAAGUUAUCAAUAAAUCUGCAGAAUAGUCUUGAAAAAGAGCAGGCAUGCUGUGGGCCACAGCCACCUCCCUUCAGCCGAAACACCACAUAGCAGAGCAGCAGAAGGUUGGCUCUACAGCAGGGAGUCUGAAUACUGCCUCUGCUACAGCAGGCCAGGUGAGGUGCAGCACUAACCUGAUAAUACCCACACAUGUAAUGACUGCCAGCUUUUAUUAGAGGCCCUCCUAUAAAUAAUGGAUUUUGACAGAGCAGGUUUAGGAAGCUAUUAUUGUAGCUUUUGCCAAGUUACUGUUUUCAGUAUAAUCGACCCCAGAAAAAUGAAGAAAAAUUCUGAGCCAUACAGCAAUUUAAAAACUGCUAAGACGACACUGCACAAUGAUCAUCUAUGACUUUUUUUUUCCUAUUGAGACAAAUGUUUCUAUAAAACAGUCUAACAUUAUUUCAUAUGGUAAGGUUUUUGGUUUUUUUUACAGACUGCUGCUGGGUGGAUCACAAGAUGAUCUCAUGCUUUACACGACUAUCUGACAGCAGGCCCCCAGUUACACAAGCUCUAUAAACCAUUUUCUAGUCACAUGCUUUGUAUGGCUUCUAGGGAAAGUAUUCAUACUUUGGCCUCAUAGAUGUAUUUUGUUUUAUUUCUGAGACUCUUUGAGGACCUCUGACAAUUUGUACUACACAGGUGAAAAAACUACUUUUCCAACUAUCUUUCAUUCCUAUUUCCAUUUUUUCCCCUCUAACUUUAUGUUCAAGGCACCAAACACUCCAAAGUUAUGGCUAUAGAUUCAGCACUGAUUUCACGACUUCUCUAAUCUUGUUUCUGAAGAGAUUUCACAUUUAAUAUUUGUGAAGCACUUAAUUCUGUCUGCACUUCUUAUAGUACUGUAUGCCUGCUUUGUCAGUUUGCCUUGCACUCAAGAAAACAGUUCUGGGAAUAUAAUCUAAAGUCAAUGUGUUCUUUAAAAGAGUGACCUUUUUUAAAGCAUCAUUAUACCAACCAACAACAUACAAAGCAUAAUUAAACAUUACACAGCCAACUGGAGAUUUGCUGCACCAUCCAAUGACUUACAGAGGUGUUAAGUUAGAAAAGAAAAAGCAUUCAUUUAAAAAUAGAUUUGUUUUCCAUGUGAUCAGUGAAUAAUAGGAGAAUAGGGGUGUCCCCUUUUUCACUACUUGGGAAGUUAUUAAAGAUGACAUUCAACUUGCACUAGCAAUUCUCAGCUUGAAUUGAGGAGAAAAAAAAAAAAGCAGGCAAUGAAGACCUAUGCCAGUAUCCCUAAAGCAAUUAUAGAUAACACGUUAUUUCCCGUACUGUCUGACACUUCAUUUUGAAUUUCAGAUGUUGAGCAUUAUAGCAUACCAUAAAUUCUAUGUCACCCCCAACAAAGCUUCGAGGGAUGAAGAGAGGUAUAAACUUACUAGCCAUCAUGAGAUCUAACUGCUCUUACUUUGUCAAAAAAUGUGUUCACUCUAUUCAGUUGUGGUGCUCUUGGCCAUCCUCAUUCCAGCACAGUUUUGUCUGAAUGAAGAAUUUAACACGCAUACAAAGAAGUAAAAAGAGUACAUCAUGUCUGGCACUUGGAUUUACUACUGUACGUCUUGAGUGAGACAAUUUAUGCAGCCCAUAUGCUACUCAUAGGCUUGUAUUAAACUAUACUACUUCAGCUGCUGUAUUCACACUUUUGCAAUGAAAAAUGAUGUUACAGUGGGAUUGCAUUUUAUUAAGAAACAUUAAAAAAUUAAGCACAGGAAUCCAUUACUCAUUUACACAAUUCUCAUCAAUAAUUACAUUCUGUAAGAUCCCAUAGGCACAAACCCAAUAGCAUGAAACCCCAUCUCUUUCAUGCUUUUUUCAUGAGCACAAGCCUUCAAGAAACAGGAAUACAAGUCAUCUCCAACACUAUUUCCCUGGCAACUGUACUCUGAAGAAGAUGAGCAGUGAUUUUGGCCUGUGGUAAGGUUCUUCUGCAUAUAUGCAAGAUGAGCCCUGAAACAGUGCUGUACUACCCUAAUUAUAGUUCAGGGCAAGAAGUACUACUCGUUAGCACCCUCUCAAUCCCAAAGGAGACAUUACCAGGUUCUGCUGGAGUAGUCCAGAAAGAUGUCUGCUUGUAAAGCUUGUAUACACCAGAUGAUCCAGCAUUCUGGAGUUUGAGUACUCACAUUUGCCAGGCCUGUAUCACAGGGCAGUCUUUGCUCUAGGUGUUGUAUGAAAGCAGCACUAAUGACUUGGGAAGAGGAGACACAACUAUGGAAGAUGACAAUUUGAGUUUAAGGCUCUAUAAUUCCCAUCCAUUUUGAUAAGCUUCCUCACAGAAGAAUCCCAUGUGUGACACAGCAAAAAAAAAAAAAACAGAACUUCAGGCAUACUUGCCCAAAAUGAUGUAGAAGCCAUUGAAGUGCAGCAUCUGAAAGCAUCCAGCUCAAAAAUACACAUAGUACAGCCAAACAAUUAACACCAGCUUGUAUUGCCUCUGCAAAUUGUUACACAUCCCUCAAAUCUUCAAAGAUCCACCCUCAAGCUUACAUGGUACCUGUGUUUCCAUGGUAAAUAGUUACAGUAACAGUCCUCAUUACCAAGACAUUGAUCUUGUGCUCUCAGUACAACUACUGACAUAGCAUACUUGAAGGCACAGCUGUUGUACACAUUCAGAAAGUAGUCUGUGAUUGCUUACAGGAUUCCAUUAUUGAACUAAGACUUCCAUGCCUUCUAGUCCAAAUCCUCUCUGCGGUCAUCCCUUUCUAACACUUUCUCCAUUUCACAACCCCAUGCAACAAGCCAAACACAGAGUCUAUAAUCAAGGACUUUAAUAGCACUGGCCAAUUGAGAAUAAUAAAAACAAGUAGAAAGUAAGUAAUAAUGAAGGCAAAAGUAUCAUGAUAAUAGAGGAACUAUUAAUUCCUGCUAAUGAAAUGAGGUAGCAAGCUGACUAUGUAUGGGGCUGAUUUUUUUUUUUUCUUUUUUAAAUUUUCUGAACAGCAGAGAAUAAUUCUUGCAGAUUCAUUAAGAUACUGCUUUUAUUCAUAAGAUAUAAGCAGAAAGGACAGUAGAAAAAGCGUUAGCUUUGAAGCUAACAUUUGCUUUCUACUUGGACUGACGCUGAAUCAAGGUAUGUCUGCUCAAAUUCUGUGUUUGAAGAAGCAGCAGGCAGAAUGCUCUUCUGCUGAAGGAAAGUUGUAUUGUGGUAAUUUAUGAAAAUCAUGCCCCAGGAACCUGAUCAAAUCAGUAAUUUAUGUGCUGCAUAUGGAAUGUAGGCAAGAACCAAGAAUCAGAAACAAGAUCAGCCAGUGGAUUGGCUUAUAGGUACUACUCCACUGCCAACAAGUAUGUGACAUCUGCAGAAGCCACUUGGCACCCAACAGAUGCAGUUCAGACUGCAUCAGUACCCACUGAUCCUAAUCAGGAUCAGGGCAACAUAGUUGCAGUCAGCUGUUUUAGGUCUCAACCCAGAACUACCAAAAUUCACAUAGAACUCAUGUUUUGACUCCAUCACUAGUUAAAACAGGCAUGGAAGGGGAAAGAAUUACCCCAAAUGACAAUAUAAAAAAGUGAGACCAACUGAGUUCCUGAUCACUGUCUAUAACUGGUCUAAAGUAAAACAGAUGUUCCAUUUCUUUUGUACUCAUAUCACUUGAGCAUUUAGACUUAAAGUGCAGUGUAGGAACACUUCUGAAAGCAGAAGUUUGUAGCUUGAGCGUAACUUUUCCUCUUAAAGGUUGAUUCAUUAUUAAAAACAGGUUUGUACCAUCCUCAGUAACCAAAAUUGCUAGAAAAAUAGAGAUUUGAAAAUACGCUGAGUUCAUGUGUACCAGGUAGUGUUUUCUAGUGUAAAAUUGGUUUGCAGUUUAUGAAAAAAUAUCUUUCCUUAAAAAAAAAAAAAAAA